AUGGGACGAGGUUCUAUCAGAAAAAUGAUGCGAGGAGGAGCGACGGACUCAGACUCAAACUUAGAUAGCGAUACUUUCAGCAUUUUUGGCCCCUCCCAUCUUACAUCUACCGACUGGACUAAUUCGUACUACCGAACCUCAGUGGCAUCAAGUUUGGUAAAUGGAGUGUAUACAUUGGAAGGGGACAGGCUUGAGAAACGGGUAGGUUCUGAAUCACUAGCCAAGCCUUGGUGGGAGUUUUUCAACUUCACUUUGAUGGAAACCUUGGUGGACGAUGACGGCGCCAUAUACGGUGCCAUUUUCGAAUACGAACUAUACAACCUUUACGAAUAUACUCCUCAAGUGAAAGUUCCACGCUAUGUGAUUGCCUUUCGCGGCACGGUUCUUAAAGGAAAAACUUGGAAGUCUGAUAUGAAACUUAACCUCAAAAUCAUCUUCAAUAACCUUCAUCGAGGUGGCAGGUCUAAGUACGCUGUUGAAACAAUCCGUAGUAUGGUGGACAAACAUAGCGAAUCAGCUAUAUGGCUUGCUGGACACUCUUUGGGAGCUGCCCUAGUUUUGCUUGCUGGAAAGACCAUGACAAGUUUUGGUUCCCUCCUGGAAAGUUACAUAUUCAACCCACCCAUCUCUUCUAUUCCUCUUGAGCAGCUACCUGGAGGACAUUUGCUUAAAGAAGUGUUUCAAAUGGCUAAGAGUGUUGUCAAAGCCACGGUAGCCAUGGCCUUAAGCGAUCAUCAGCUUAAAGAAGACGAUACAAAAACAGCAUCGUGGAUACCAUAUUUAUAUGUCAACCCAGCAGAUGCAAUCUGUGCAGGAUAUAUUGAUUACUUCAAACACAAAACCUUCAUGUCCGAGAUCGGUGCAGGCGAAAUCGAGAGAAUCGGUGCAAGAAAAUCAGUUAGGAGUCUUUUGGUCGGAAGAAAAGGAAAAGCAUCACUGUCAGAUCUGUCAAAGGAGCCUCUUCACCUUCUUCCAUCAGCAGACAUGACUGUAAACAAGAACAAACCGACUAAGUCUAGGCCAGCUCAUGGGCUUCACCAAUGGUGGGAGCGAGACUCGACCCUAAGAGAAAACUGGGAAAGCUGUUGCAUUAGGCCUUACCCUGAAGACAAGUUGGAGCAGUUAACCUUACAAUAAACUAUAACAGUGAG